GCUCAGCUUUGGCUCCUUCAUCCUUUGUACCCCACUUAUGCAAGAGGCAGCAACAGCUAUUGUGAAAGAGAAGCGUUGAGCCGAGAAGAAAACUGGAGAAAGAGCUAGAGCAGCAGGAAGAGGAGGACAUUUGACAGAUAAAAAGAGGGAGCUCUGCAGCAAGAUCCCCACCGCGGUCUGCGUGACUGGUCUGUGCAAGCAGGGGGAGAGAGAGAGGAGAGAAGGUAGGAGAGAAGGUAGGAGAGAAGGAAGGGGGAGGGGAGGCGAUUCAGCGCAGUGCAAGCUGUAUGGAUGAGUAGCAGCCGCGGCACAGGCAGCGGCAUCAGCACCACUAGCUGUAGCAUCUUCCUUUGUGGCUGCUGGAGGCUGUCUUGUGGCUGCCUUGUGGCUGCCGUAGCGUCCUCCCCACACACACCGCUACCAGGACGCAGACGCCUUCACUGCCUGCCUUAUUCGCACACAUGUCGUGGUGGCCACCCGAGAGGAGGUAGUGAGUGACAGGGCUCUGGGGACAGAGGGACACAGGAAGAGGAAACCGGCACGACUGGAGGUGGUGCAAACGAGAGGAGGGCUGGAGCGACGCCGACUAGAGCAGCAGUAGCAGCAGCAGCAGCAGCAGCAGAGGCAGCAGCAGUAGCAGCGGCACCAUGGCGCAAGCCGCCAAGCAGCUCCGUAAGACCAAGGACCUCGCAGAGGCCGCCGCCCAGGAGCAGCGGGAGAAGGAGGAGGAAAAGAUCAAAAAGAGGAACCGCUCCAGGGACCGCAGGCGCAAGGCGGAUGCAUCCACCAGCUUCCUGCGUGCCGCUCGUUCCGGUAACCUGGACAAGGCUCACGAUCACCUGAAGAACGGCCUCGACAUCAAUUCAUCCAAUCAAAAUGGUCUCAACGGGUUACACCUGGCUUCUAAAGAAGGCCACGUUAAAAUGGUCCUGGCUCUGCUGCACUCUGGCAUCAAGCUGGAGGCCACCACCAAGAAAGGGAACACAGCUCUCCAUAUCGCGGCGCUGGCAGGGCAGGAGAAGGUGGUGGCUGAGCUCGUCAACUACGGAGCUAACGUUAAUGCCCAGUCACACAAAGGGUUUAGUCCUCUCUACAUGGCAGCACAAGAGAAUCACCUCGAGGUGGUGAAGUUCCUGCUGGAGAACGGAGCCAAUCAGAGCCUCCCAACAGAGGACGGCUUCACUCCCCUCGCAGUAGCUCUGCAGCAGGGCCAUGAAAAUGUCGUUGCACUGCUCAUCAACUAUGGCACCAAGGGCAAGGUCCGGCUCCCCGCCCUCCACAUCUCCGCUCGUAACGACGACACGCGCACCGCCGCUGUGCUCCUGCAGAACGACCCCAACCCGGACGUGCUCAGCAAGACUGGGUUCACACCCCUCCACAUUGCAGCCCACUAUGAGAACAUGAGCGUCGCCCAGCUGCUGCUGAACAGAGGAGCCAAUGUAAACUUCACCCCCAAGAACGGCAUCACGCCCCUUCACAUAGCCGCCAGGAGGGGCAACGUGAUGAUGGUCAGACUACUGCUGGACAGAGGAGCUCAGAUUGAUGCCGUGACAAAGGAUGAGCUGACUCCUCUCCACUGUGCCGCCAGGAACGGUCAUGUUCGCAUUAUUGAGUUCCUGCUGGAACACGGUGCUCCCAUCCAGGCUAAAACCAAGAAUGGUCUCUCCCCCAUCCACAUGUCAGCUCAGGGGGAUCACAUGGACUGUGUCCGGCAGCUGCUGCAGUACAACGCUGAGAUUGAUGACAUCACGCUGGACCACCUAACCCCUCUUCAUGUAGCAGCCCACUGCGGUCACAGCCGGAUGGCCAAAGUCCUUCUGGACAAGGGGGCCAAAGCCAAUGCAAGAGCUUUGAAUGGCUUCACACCUCUCCAUAUUGCCUGCAAGAAGAACCACAUGCGGUCCAUGGACCUGCUGCUCAAGCACUCCGCUUCCCUAGAAGCUGUCACAGAGUCUGGUCUCACUCCUCUUCAUGUAGCAGCAUUCAUGGGCCAUCUGAACAUAGUGAAGAACCUGGUGCAGAGAGGGGCUUCACCUAAUGCUUCCAAUGUGAAAGUGGAGACUCCCCUCCACAUGGCCUCCAGGGCAGGACACUGUGAAGUGGCUGCGUUCCUGCUGCAGAACGCAGCACAAGCGGAUGCCAGAGCUAAGGAUGAUCAGACACCUCUACACUGUGCGGCCCGCAUGGGCCACAAGGAACUUGUCAAGCUGCUUCUUGAGCACAAAGCCAGCCCCGACGCAGCUACUACUGCGGGCCACACGCCCCUACACAUCUCUGCACGGGAGGGACACGUCCACACCAUCCGGAUCCUGUUGGACGCUGGGGCACAGCAGGUCAAGAUGACAAAGAAAGGCUUCACUCCCCUCCACGUGGCCUCUAAAUACGGGAAGGUGGACGUGGCCGAGCUCCUCCUGGAGAGAGGGGCCAACCCUAACGCUGCUGGGAAGAACGGUCUGACACCCCUUCAUGUGGCAGUCCAUCACAACAACCUGGAUGUUGUUAGACUCCUGGUCAGCAAGGGAGGAUCUGCACACAGCACUGCCCGAAAUGGUUACACUGCCCUGCACAUAGCGGCCAAGCAGAACCAGAUGGAGGUGGCAAGUUGUCUGCUGCAGAACGGGGCGAUAACAAACGCUGAGUCGCUCCAAGGCAUCACGUCCCUACACCUGGCUGCUCAGGAGGGGCGGCCCGACAUGGUGGCGCUGCUCAUCUCAAAACAGGCCAACGUGAAUCUGGGAAACAAGAACGGGUUGAGCCCUCUGCAUCUUGUGGCUCAGGAAGGUCAUGUGGGAAUCGCUGACACGUUGGUCAAACAGGGAGCUUCUGUUCACGCUGCGUCACGGAUGGGAUACACACCCCUGCAUGUGGCUUGUCACUAUGGCAACAUCAAAAUGGUGAAGUUUCUUCUGCAGCAGCAGGCCCAUGCGAAUUGCAAGACGAGGAUGGGCUACACUCCCCUGCAUCAGGCGGCUCAGCAGGGCCACACGGACAUAGUCACCCUGCUGUUGAAACAUGGAGCGCUGCCCAAUGAGAUUACCACGAAUGGGACGUCUCCCCUGGGUAUCGCUAAGCGGCUGGGCUACAUCUCUGUCAUCGAUGUGCUCAAACUGGUUACCGAGGAGUCUGUCUCCGCGAUCACCACGGAGAAGCAUCGCAUGAGUUUCCCUGAGACAGUAGAUGAGAUUCUGGAUGUGUCAGAGGACGAAGGGGUUGCCCAGCUAACUUUAGGAGACGAGUUGCUCGGGAUGGAUGGAGGACGCUAUUUGAAGCUUGACGACUUCAAGGACCAGGAUGACGACUUCCUCUCCCCGAAGAAAACCUUCAGAGACUUCGAGGGCGCCAUGGGAACAUCGCCCUACUCUCCUGGUAUUCCCAGAAUCCCUUGUGUGUCCCCGGAGACUGUACUGCUGGAUCAGCACACCCCCAUCCCCCUGCCAAAGGAGUACGAUGACGACUCUCUCAUCCCGAGCAGCCCGGCUACAGAGACUUCAGACAACGUCAGCCCCGUGGCCAGCCCCAUUCACACCGGCUUCCUGGUGAGUUUCAUGGUGGACGCUCGAGGAGGCUCCAUGCGCGGCAGCAGACAUCACGGCCUGCGAGUCAUCAUCCCGCCGCGCACCUGCACCGCGCCGACACGCAUCACCUGCCGCCUGGUCAAACCUCUGAAAUUGACCACGCCCCCUCCGCUGGUGGAGGGGGAGGGGCUCGCUAGCCGUAUCAUCUCCUUAGGGCCGUCCAGUAUGCAGUUCCUUGGGCCAGUGAUAGUAGAAAUCCCUCACUUUGCCUCUCUGGGCCGAGGGGACCGGGAGCUCGUGGUCCUCCGCAGCGAAAACGGCUCGGUCUGGAAGGAGCAUCGCAAUCGCUAUGGUGACGAAGUGCUGGAAACUAUCCUGAAUGGCAUGGAUGAAGACCUCGAGAAUCACGAUGAGCUGGACAAGAAGAGAAUCCGUCGGAUCAUCUCCACUGACUUCCCCCUCUACUUUGCCGUGGUCUCCCGCAUUCAGCAGGAGAGCGAUCUGAUUGGUCCAGAGGGCGCUCGGUUGACCAGUAAGCUAGUGCCACGAGUCGAGGCCAUUUUUCCCGAGACGGCCGUCACCAAGAGAGUGAGACUGGGGCUGCAGGCGCAGCCAAUCCCCGAUGAACUGCUGACUCAGCAGCUUGGCAACCAGGCGACCUUCAGCCCAGUUGUCACCAUCGAACCACGGCGACGCAAAUUCCACCGUCCAAUCGGGUUGCGCAUCCCUCUGCCGCCAUCCUGGCGGGAGAGUCCUCGAGAUGCUGGGGAGGGCGACACCACCAGCCUGCGCCUCCUCUGCAGUGUCAUCGGUGGCACAGCUCCAGCUCAGUGGGAAGACAUCACUGGAACCACGAAGCUAAUGUACGCACACAGCUGUGCCAACUUCACCACCAACGUUUCUGCAAGAUUCUGGCUGGCAGACUGUCCGCGCACGGCAGAGGCAGUGACCUUUGCCAAUUUGCUGUACCGCGAGUUGAUGGCUGUUCCAUAUAUGGCCAAGUUUGUUGUUUUUGCUAAGAUGAAUGAAGCACGUGAGGGACGCUUGCGUUGUUACUGCAUGACAGAUGACAAGAUGGACAAAACACUGGAGCUGCAUGAAAACUUCACCGAAGUGGCCCGCAGUCGAGACAUAGAGCUUAUGGAGGGCAUGCCGCUGCACCUAGAAUGUUCCGGAAACCUGGUGCCCAUCAGGAAGGCCACGCAGCAGCCUCGCAGCUUCAGCUUCCAGGCCUUCAGAGACAACCGGCUGCCCGUCUCCGUCAAGGUCAGAGAUAGUAACAAGGAAGCCAAUGGGUUUCUCUCCUUUCUGCGGAAGUGCACCAAGUACGAGGACACACAGCACGUUCUGUGUAACCUAAACAUAACCAUGCCACCCUGUGUCAAGGUUGUUGGAAGUGAGGAGCGCAGGCGGACCCUGACCCCCCUCGCCCUGAGGGAACGCUACAGCGCGCUGAACGAGCCCGGUGUGGCCACAGUGAAUGCCAUGGAGAGGACUGAACUCAAGAUCAACCUCAUAUCUGAACAGCUGGGUCUGAGCUGGGCAGAGUUGGCACGUGAGCUUCAGUUUGGUGUGGACGACAUUAACAGGAUCCGUGUGGAGAAUCCCAACUCGCUGCUGGACCAAAGCUCCGCCCUGCUUAACCUGUGGGCUGGCAGGGAAGGCAAAAGAGCCAAGAUGGAGAGCCUCUACACAGCUCUGAAGAACAUCGAUCGUGCCGACAUCAUUACCUCUCUGGAGGGUCAGCCUCAACAGCUGGUGCCCGGGUCUUUAGAGGUGGGGGCCUGCCGACUCAGCGACCGCGACUCCACCCUGCUGUCCCCCAGCGUCCUCAAUGGUUAUGGGCUGGUGCAGGAUGAGAUGCUGUCCCCGGCCUCCAUGCAGUACAGCCUGCCCUCCCCUCUGGGAGCAGAGCCCUACUGGCAGGAAGUCUCCAGCCUGGAGUGCGCCCCCAUCGCCACCACCGAAGAAGACACGUUAAUGGAGAUGUCCGAUGUUCAGGUGUGGCCCGCGGGGGUCAGCCCCUCAUUAGUCACAGUGGAGGACUCCUCAUUGGAUGGGAGCAGUCGUGCCGACGACUCAGAGGGCACCACGCUCUCCCUCCCCUACAGCUUGGGGCGCCCAAGCAGCGGGGCCAGCGGCUCCAUUAUGGAGCUGGAGGAGGAAGAGGAGGAGGAGGAAGAGGAGGAGGAGGAAGGGGAGGUUGAGGAGGAGGAGACGCCACAGGAGCCAGCAACUGCUCUGGCAGAAUGGGACAGGGUGAGGGCCAGUGGCGCCGUGCCCAAGGUCAACCUGAACGGCCAGCUGGGAGGUCAGAGGUCGGACGGGAGGAGAGGGGAGGUCCUGGCAGUAGGAGGAGGAGGGGGGGGUGUAGGGCUGGGUUCAGUGGAAGGGCUUUCUUUCGUUGCAGGCCAGCAGGUGUACGCCCAGCGGACUGAGAUCUCGGGACUGAGUCGAGGGUCGGACCACAACGGGGAUAACCGGAUGGUGGGAGGCGGCGCGUUUCAGCCUUACCUGGCAGACAAGGACUCGCUGCAGGGCUGGGGGGGCUCGGUGUCGUCGGGGCAGGACGGCAGCGUGCAGGAGGCUCUGCUGACCCCGAGAGAAGAGAAAAAGGACUAUGCUGCCGAGGUGCGGUUUGUAGACGAACACGGACGCACGCUUGCCAGAAAGGUGGGGGUGGAUGAGAGAAAGGGCGCUCAGUCAGCGCAGCGCACCAUUCUGCGGAGAGUUAAACACUGAAAUACAAAUACUGCCCGGUCCUCCAGGACCGGAAAGCCACUGCCAAAUCAUCCUCCACAAAAACACAACCAGAGCGCAGAUGGAAAUGAGAGGAAGGGGAGGAGAGGAAGCGUGAGACAAAGACUUAAGAAGUGCAAACUACAAAAUGACAAACACAGAAACAUCCUCAACGUGUGACCAUGGAGCACCAUGAAAGAAAAGUUCAACUUGUAGUUUUAUAACAUUUGUAAAGAAAAAUAUCAACUAGACUAAGGCAUGAUUCUUCUUCU